CGUCAAAUCAGUCAUUCCUUCUUCUCGCUUUCUCCUCAGACUUGAUCCUAAAGCGGGUAGGUCGACCAAGCAGCGCAUUUCAUUCCGCCGAUUUUCAAUACUCGGCUUCGUGGCUCAUCAUGCGCUUUGGUAGACAUUGCCGUUCCGCGGCUGCUAGGAGUGCCGAUUCACGGCGUCCCUGAACCCCCAGCCCGUCGCACGUUUGUUAGCACGAGUGUUGACCCGGUCCGUCGCCUAACAUCCUCGAAGUAUAAAGUCCCUUCACAUCCCUUCAGUCGACUCUAGAUUGGGCCCUUUCUCCACUUAUGGAACCGACUCACAUGUUGCAGAUUCCCAUGCGCAAUCAUCUCAAAUGCUCACCGCACGUCGUCUCGCUCCCUCCCUGCUGGUGACAAACCCUCGCUCCGUACUCUGGGGCGACGUCAUUCGGAAUGACCCUCCGAGCCAGCGGUACACGGCUCGUCUCUCUUCUCCGCAUCCUCGUCCUCCUUCAGCUAUCGGCCCAUUCGUCUCCUGUCGCUCUUUCAAGCGAUCAUGCGACUCCCUCUGCAUCUGACGAAGGUUCCUUCCGCGCAUCUUCCUCACCCGCCAGCCACGAUGGCAGCAGAAUCAUUCCCAGCAGCAGCAGCGAUUGGACAGGCGACGAUAGCAGCGGUAGCAGGAGGAAGCUGAUUGGUCGAGCUGGUCGCGGCCGAGGAGCUCUGGGAGCGUCAGGAUCGGAGGUGGUACUCUGGGAAGGUUCAUCUGGGGAGCAGUCCAACCGUCUGCAGAGGCCCGUGAGCGCUGAUCAAUCCACGACUGCUCGAAUCAACGGUGCAGAUCUCUCCGUUGUCUCCCUGGGGUUCCAUGCAGGCAGUGAGAAUGGGGGGGGGGAAAGAGGGGGAGGAUGUGCAGGAGGGGGUUGCCCGGAUUUUUCACCCUGUUCAGGUGCCUUGGGGCAGAUUGAAGCAUGCUGGAACAAAGAUUUUGAGGAUUUGCUGGAGCAGACGCCGCCCGGGCAGCAGAUAAAGUUUCCUGCAUUCUGCCCGGAGAUUCCGGAGGAGCUCGAGAUGACCAGGAUCGUCCCUGCCCAGUGCGCAGAUGCGGUUUUGGAAAUGAAAAAAUAUAAACAGGAGCAGGGAGAGUGGCCUGACUCGCUAUUGGUGGAGAUUCCAGAUACGGCCAGCCCGAAGGAAUGGUCCGGGCAGCUUUUCCGGCUGCAGAACGUGUUUGUGAACUCAAGGGGCCAGGCGUUCAACCAGACGCACCUGUUUAACGCUGGCAGGUGCAGCGAUGGCCUGGCGGAUUUCGACUACCCCCCCGGCACACGCUUUGCCUCCCUCCCCUCCCUCCUUAACCUGCUCUCCGCGGCCCGCUCGCCCUCUGACGUGGUCUUCUCGGAAAUGGCGGAGAAGCUUCCUCUCUUCCUGUCGCUGGCGCCUGCCAUGCGGCUGCUGAGAAACACACCUGUGGCCGUGCAGAACAGGAAGCUGGUGCGGGGCAUCUGGCAGUCCGUGGUGGGGCUGAGGCUUGCAGGGAGCGCCAUUCACACCAUGGCGUAUGAUUCGCUGCUCUUUGCUCGCACGCUCUACAUGCCGCUAUUCCAGCCCUGCGGCCAGCCCAGCCCGUCUCUCCUCCGAGCCUUCCGCUCCCGCCACCUCUUCCUGCCCUCCGGCCUGCCCCUCGUCUCCCAAGAGGGUGCCUACCAGUCGCAUGGCACAAGAGAAACAGGAGAAGACGGCCCGGGAGGUGAAGGAAGGGGAGAAGGAGGAGGAGAAGGAAGGGGAGGAGGAGAUAUAGCUGAGGAAGGAGCUGCAGGGAGGGUGGGGGUUGGGCGUUUGAGGCAUGAUUGGGUGGUGGUGGUGGCGGCGCCCCCGGCCCGUUUGCCCACAGUGCAAGCCGCUGCACUGGCAGCAGCGCUGCGCGCUGUGAAGUGGAUACUGAAGCAGCUCUAUACGGAGGAAAGAGUUGCCGUGUACAGACGAAACAUGCCGUUCCAUGAGGCCAGGGCGCUGUUUCAGCGCGCUCUAGUCUUUGUUGCGUACGAUAACGCCCUCGUGAACACCCUCUUCAUGCCUCCCCACUCCUCCGUCAUCGAAAUCCGCACCAGCAGCAGCAGCAGCAGCAGCAGCGCCAGUGCAGAUUCAGUGUAUCCGGACGGGGGAAGGCACCUGUACCGCAACCUGGCUGUGGCCACAGGCGUGAGGCACUACCUGGUGGAGUGCCCAGAGGAGCCAGUGCAGGAGAAAACUGAGGCAGGCGCAGGGGGGAGUGCAGCAGACGAUGGGACGGCCAGGUGGGGAGAGGUUGGAAGCGGUGCUGAUGGUGGUGGUGAUGGUGGUGCUGUUUUGGGGGUGGCUUCUUGGGAGGAGGAGGAGGAGGAGGACGGGGAGAGAGGUGGUGGUGGCUCGUCAGUGACUUUACCUCGGGGGUCCUUGGCUUGCGGUGUUGAGCGGUUGAGAACGGUUCUGGAAAGUGUUUUGCACGAUGCAUUUGCGUCGGGGAACUUUGACCCUAACCUCCUCGACAGGUCCGGGGAAGGAUUCCGGGCCAAGAUCCCAGGCAGCAGGGUCAGCCGGGCAGAUAUGAAAGAAAAGUUUCUGAGAUGGCAGGAAUGCGUGGCAGCAGAGGGCAGCUGGAAAUUUGACCCGAGGCCAAGGCGGUUACCCUGGGAAUACAAGGGUUUCUCGAAUUACUGCGACAAGAGACACAUGGCGGCUUCCCCCACUGCGGUUGUGGUCUCCAAAGCGGAUCAAAUCGCGGAUUCUCUAAUGAUGCUUCCUCCUGAAGAGAGGAAGGUGCAUCAGGAGGAGUGGGACGUGCGGCCCCAGCUGAAAUACGUGUGGGACACGGAGGGAAAGUGUGGGUCAUGGGAGGCGUUUGAUGGCCGGGUGUUGUGUGAUUGGGCUAGAGGGAGACGGUGGAAUGGGACGGGGAUGCCGUUGACUGAAGAGGAGGAGGAGGAGAGAGAAGAGGCUGCGUUUAAAGGGGAGGUGGUGCGGGAGAAAGGGGAUGGGAGCGGCGGUUUCGUACUCAUUAUAGGCGACUCGUUACAGGAGCAAUUCGUGCGCACGCUGAUCAACAACAUGCUUACGCACGUCAAGAAACCGGCCACUUGGGCGGUGGAAGAAACCAUUCCCAAGGAAUGUAGUGAGUUGAUUGAGCCCGGGCAUUCGAGGCACACCUACUGCCGAGACUACAGGCUCCACAGCAACGUGUGCGCCAAUCUGACCGUCCGAUUCAUCCGUCACGACUACCUACAAAUCUCCAACACCCAGAUCAAAUUCGAUCGCGUCCCCUUCGCCCGCCUCUCGUUACUGGCCGGCGCGCGCGUGCUUAUAGUGAAUCGCGGUGCACACUACCGCCCGGACCGGCAUUUCAUCUCAGCCGUCCGUUCGGCGCUGCGAUUCCUGCGAAACAAACUCCCAGACACACUUAUCAUCUACCGAACGACCGUGCAAGGCCACGCGAACUGCACAGAGCACGACAAACCCCUCCUCCUGCCCGGCCCCACCGAUAACCUCCCUUUCUUCUGGGGGAAGUUUCACGGGCAGAAUGAGCUGGCGCGGCGGGCAGUUGAGGAGGUGGGGGGCGUGUUCAUGGAUGUGGAAAGUAUGACAGUGUUGAGGCCGGACUCGCACCAGGGGUUUAUCCCGGAGCUCAACCACGAGGACUGCUUGCACUACUGCAUCCCCGGACCCGAGGACCUGUGGGCACAGAUGCUGCAGAACACUCUGCUGCACCUGCUGCCACAGCCUGCUGCUGCUGCUGGGUCGUCUAGAUGACGAUGUGCUGGUGUUGCUGCACUGCACGGCCAGAGGAUCUGUGGCUCCACUGCACAUGCUGCAUAAUGUUCUGCUGCAGCUGCUCCCACGAGGGCUGCUUAGCCGUUAGGGGUGCUGCUAUCCCUGGCUCGCUCAGAUGCUGCUCUAUAGUACUUAGCUGUUCUAGCAUGUGCUUUCUUGUAAAUGGCUCGUGCACUUUGCUGUAGUACUUUGCUGUUUUAGCAUGUGCUUUCUUGUAAAUGGCUCGUGCACUUUGCUGUAGUACUUUGCUGUUUUAGCAUGUGCUUUCUUGUAAAUGGCUCGUGCGCUUUGCUGUAGUACUUUGCUGUUUUAG